AUGACUCAGGGCUUAGCGACUAAGUAUGAAAUCAACGCCGAUAUGGGCGAGGGCUUCGGCCGCUGGAAGAUGGGACCAGACGAGGAGCUGAUGCCAUUCAUCGACGCUGCAAAUAUCGCAUGCGGAUUCCACGCCGGUGAUCCUAGCAUAAUGCUCAAAACCAUUCGUCUUUGCAAACAACACGGUGUUAGAGCAGGUGCUCAUCCCGGACAACAAGAUCUGUUUGGAUUCGGGCGCAGAAAAAUCGAGGUGGGUCCGAGAGACAUGUAUGCUCUGGUUCUAUACCAAGUCGGAGCGCUCAAAGCCAUGCUGGAUGCCGAGGGCGUCGCUCUCUCCCACAUCAAACCACACGGAGAGCUCUACUUCUAUAUGCAGAGAGACGCAGGCAUCAUGAGAGCGGUGCUAGAGGCUUGCGCAACAUUCAAAGUUCCAGUAUACGCCUGCCAGAAUGAGAUGCAGGAGGCCAUGUGCAAAGAACUUGGGAUUCCCUUCCAGGGGGAGGUAUACGUCGAUAUUGAUUAUUCGCCAGAGGUGAAACUGAUUCCUGUCGCUCAUUCGAAGCCUGCAACUCCUGAGCUUUGUUAUGAGCGAGCCCUCUCUGCGACAAUGACAGAUCAUGGCAAAGAUGUUGACGGCGAGAAAAUUUGCUUUGGGUUUGAUGGAAAGCCUUUCAGUAUUUGCAUUCAUUCAGAUCACCCAACCGUUCUUGAGAAUGUGAAGGGAGCUCGCCAGGCUGUUGACGAGGCCAACUGCCAUCGCUUCCCCGGGCAGUCAAAGGAUCAGCGAUCAUAA